AUGUAUUUCCAAACCACCACCGUUCUCUCCGCUCUUAUCUUGAGCUCCACCGUCCUCGGUGCUACCCUUAAGGGCCUCCGCGUGCGCGAUCAAGAUGACGACUCCAACAGCGACAUCAACAUGUUCCCAUCAGGCGACCAGUAUAACGAUUACGCCAUCUGCAAAGGGAAGAUCACCAAGAACCAAUUCCCAAACCUCCAAGCUCCUUCCAACGAUGGUGGAUGUGUCCGAUACUUCCCUGGUAUCGAUAUCACUGGUGUUGUCACCGAAGUCGAUCUCUUCUUCCGCGACGGCAUCCACAAUGCCUGCGACUGCGCAGCUCGCUGCCUUGAGGCUCCCGAGUCCUGCACUAAUUGGGUGUUCAAGCACGCUUUCAAGCAAGGCGAUGAUGGCAAGCGCUCUUGCACUCUGUACUCUAGCCCCAAUUUGCCAACGAAUGUGACUCUUCAAUACGACCUUGGAGGAAGCACCGGGUUCCAGACUCUGUCGCCAGGCAACAACCCCCAGAAGGGAUGUGAUGCGCCUCUCACAUUCUUAGAUAUGGCCAACACCCAAGUCGACAAGUAUGGUGUCUCUGGUUUUGCUGUUCGGGAUACCCAGGGCAGGCAAUACUGCUAG